UAAACAAGUGACUAUGGCCUACUAUAACAUUAUUUUUCAAGGAAAUGUCAUUGGUGUGCUGCCUAAGAGACAACGAUUUUGAUGUUACAGACAUGGCUGCUAUAAGAAAGAAGCUAGUCAUUGUAGGAGAUGGUGCAUGUGGUAAAACAUGUCUCCUGAUUGUGUUCAGCAAGGACCAGUUCCCUGAAGUCUAUGUGCCAACAGUAUUUGAAAAUUAUGUAGCAGAUAUAGAAGUAGAUGGAAAACAGGUUGAACUAGCCCUUUGGGAUACUGCAGGCCAAGAAGAUUACGACAGAUUACGUCCCCUGUCCUACCCCGACACUGACGUCAUUCUCAUGUGCUUUUCCAUAGAUAGCCCCGACAGUUUGGAGAACAUCCCUGAAAAAUGGACACCUGAAGUGAAGCACUUUUGUCCAAGUGUUCCAAUAAUUCUUGUAGGAAAUAAAAAAGAUCUUAGAAAUGAUGAAAACACCAAACGAGAGCUAAUGAAGAUGAAACAAGAACCAGUCAAGGCAGAAGAAGGAAGAUCCACAGCAGAAAAAAUCAAUGCUUUUGGAUACCUAGAAUGCUCAGCUAAAACCAAGGAAGGAGUGAGGGAAGUAUUUGAAACAGCCACCAGAGCAGCUCUACAAAAGAAGAGAAAGAAGAGGGGAGUUGAACUAGCCCUUUGGGAUACUGCAGGCCAAGAAGAUUACGACAGAUUACGUCCCCUGUCCUACCCAGACACUGACGUCAUUCUCAUGUGCUUUUCCAUAGAUAGCCCCGACAGUUUGGAGAACAUCCCUGAAAAAUGGACACCUGAAGUGAAGCACUUUUGUCCAAGUGUUCCAAUAAUUCUUGUAGGAAAUAAAAAAGAUCUUAGAAAUGAUGACCAGACCAAACGAGAGCUAAUGAAGAUGAAGCAAGAGCCAGUCAGACCAGAGGAAGGAAGAGCCACCUCAGAAAAAAUCAAUGCUUUUGGAUACUUGGAAUGCUCGGCUAAAACCAAAGAGGGGGUACGAGGAGUAUUUGAAACAGCUACCAGAGCAGCUCUUCAAACAAAGAAAAAGAAGCGUGGUGGCUGUGUGUUGCUAUAACUACUCCGUUAUUAUAUAUACUGCUUUGUAGUGAACAUUGUACUGAAUGAUGAUUACGAAACAAGCUUCAUCUAAACUGUGUGCUGGGCAUAACAGUAUCACUCUACGUUCUCAGAAGGCUACCAUCCUUUAUACCUGUACUAUAGUCUAAUGAAGGCUCUGUCCUCGUCAUAUUGCUUAACAACUGUAAAAAUGUGUGACUCACAGGUUAUUUCCUGUCAUUUCAUUUGAUGAAUUUCAGAUCUUUCAUUGUGGGGGAAAGAAAGUUAA